AUGGUCCCAAAUGUUUUGGCUUUUUCUGGAUUCCCCGUGAUGAAAUACGCUGAAAAUGUGAUGAAGACAUAUUGCCAAUCCAUAGCCAUAGGACUAACAUCCCUGGUCUCCAUCUUCCUCGGAGAACGUCUUCUAACUCUUCAUCUCAUUUUUGGAUUUCUACUGGUGACGUCAUCAGUCGUUGUGUAUUCUCUGUUCCCCGCGACUCCGCCCACUUUAUCAGCUUAUCAUAAACUGGAACAACAAGAAGAGGAAUUUUUAAAAAUAUCUUCAGAUGACGUUGAAGAUGAAGAAGAUCACAUUUUUGGAGCUGUUGGAGAGGAGAAAGUAGCGGCACUUAGUAUUUAG